UGCUGUUUUCCAACUUUGCAAGAGAUCAGUGUUCUUUUCCAAAAUUAUAAGCUUUUAAUUAAAAAAGAUCCGAGCUUGUAUAACAGUGUCUGCAAAUGUAAGGUUUUUGGAAAUGGGGCUUCAUCCAUCUUGUCCCUUAUUUUCUAAAAUGGCAAAAAAGAAGAAGAAAAUACCCUUUCUGCAUAAUGUGGUUUUGUUUUAUACACAAGGUCGUCAACAGUGUCCCAAGUGGUCGUGUUUUUUUUUAGCUGUGAUCAUUCUUGGUAUCAUAAUGUUGUGUUUCUAGGAUGCUGGAUGCAUGCCAUUUUUAUCUGUUUUAAUCAUGUUUAUGUUUUUGUUCCCUAUCUGAUGUUACCGUAUGUUGAGAUUGAGGGAGAUUGUGUCUUUAUUUGGGUGGAGUUUGACUUGACCUACAUAGGGGUUUCCAUGACGCCUUGUUGCAAGGAUCACCAGAAAUAAAGGACAAGGAAAGAUACCGUCUAGUCAUACAUUUGGAUGUGCAUUCAUUUUGUACCAAAAGUGUCAAAGAUCAUUCUCUUAUUGAGUCAUCAACUACAAGGUCAAAACAGCUGGCAGAGUCCAGCUGUUCUGGUCAGCGUCACUACCAGAAACCCAGUUGCCAGAGCAAUUCUUUCUGUUUUGCCAAUCCAGGAUCAUUGAUAUCUCAUAUUUGGUCUAUAUUGAGGAGGCAAUUCUGGAAGAGGCAGUGCAGUAUUUUCCUCUUGUAUUCUGUGAUUGCUUUUGAUAUAGGAUAUGGCUGUUCAUACACCUGCAAGUUCAUGUUUUGGAGCAAAGUAUCAGACUCUAGCACCAUUGAGAAUUUUAAGGGGUCUGGUGUGUCUACUGGUUCUGCUUUCAACAGCAUUUAUAAUGUUAGUGUUCUUUGGCUUUAUAAGUGCUGUUAUAGUUCGACUUUUUAGUGUCCGUUACAGCAGGAGAGCAACUUCCUUUUUCUUUGGUGCCUGGCUUGCCUUGUGGCCCUUUCUGUUUGAAAAGAUCAACAAGACUAAAGUUGUGUUUUCUGGAGAUGAUGUUCCUUCGAGAGAACGGAUCUUACUGAUCGCAAAUCAUAGAACUGAGGUUGAUUGGAUGUAUUUAUGGGACCUUGCCUUGAGGAAGGGAUGCCUUGGAUAUAUAAAAUAUAUACUUAAGAGCAGCUUGAUGAGACUUCCAGUUUUUGGUUGGUCAUUUCACAUACUAGAGUUCAUCCCAGUGGAAAGAAAGUGGGAGGCAGAUGAGUCAAUCAUGCGCCGUAUGCUUUCAACAUUCAAUGAUCCACAAGAUCCUCUCUGGCUUGCUCUUUUCCCAGAAGGCACUGAUUUUACUGACCAAAAGUGCCUUCGGAGUCAAAAGUAUGCUGCUGAACAUGGGUUACCAGUUCUGAAAAAUGUUCUACUUCCAAAGACAAAGGGCUUCUGCGCCUGUUUGCAAGAACUGAGGGAAUCUCUCACUGCAGUUUAUGAUGUUACCAUUGGCUACAAAAACCGCUGCCCAUCUUUCUUGGACAAUGUCUUUGGGGUGGAUCCUUCUGAAGUUCAUAUGCAUAUUCGUUGCAUCCCCAUCGAUACUAUCCCAGUAUCUGAAAGUGAAAUGUCCACUUGGUUGAUAAAUAGAUUCCAGUUGAAGGAUCAGUUGCUUUCCAAUUUUCAAAUCCAAGGUCAGUUUCCUGAUCCAGCAACACAAAGGGACCUCUCUGGUGUGAAGAGUAUUUUAAAUUGUAUGACAAUUGUUGCCGUGACAGGCACAUGCAUGUACUACAGUUUUUCCUCUGUCUGGUUUAAACUUUACGUGUCUCUAGUAUGUGCUUAUUUGGUUCCAGCCACCUAUUUCAAUAUUCGGCCACAGCCCAUUCAUACCCUUUUGAAGAUGAGAUCAAAUUACCACCUUUCAAAUACAUGAAUAGGUGGAAGGUACUGUCUUUUGUUGUAUGACUGCUGUUAUAGUAUACAAGUAUGAAACUUGAUAUUACCACGUUUUGGCUUAUUGUUGCUCAAGCAUAAUUUGCAACUUCACAGGUCUUACGUUUUUUAUACCACCCAUUUCCUGUUUCAUAUGUAACAAGUUCUUGUCACAAUUAAUAUUUCGGUGCCAGUGGUUUUAUCUGAACAAGAUCUUCGCGUGUCAAAGCAAUAAAAUAAGUGGUUG